AUGUUAGACAGUAAAGCCGACAAAAAUCAUACACAUAAAUCCUUCACUACUGUUAGAGCAGACGACAUAAUAUUGAACUAUGAUUUGGGUUCAAGUGCACCUUUAGAGAAUCCGAGUACAAGCGUAAAAGAUACUCUUAACAAUUUAGAUAAGAGUUGUAGGAAUAUCGAAGAUCAUGCCAGAAACUUUGAAGCAUAUGAACUACCCGCAAUGCUAGACAAGAAAGCAGACAAAACAGAGCUUCAAACAUUAAAGACUCAGAUUCUUGAAACAUUAUAUCCUAUAGGCUCUAUUUAUACGUCAAUGAACUCAACAAAUCCUUCAAAAGUUUUAGGUUUUGGUGCGUGGGAACAGAUUGUAGAUAAAUUCUUAUACUGUGCUAACUCUUCAAAGGAAACAGGAGGUUCAAAGAAAAUUACUGAAGCAAACCUUCCACCGCACACUCAUACAGGAACUACAAACUUUUCUGGUGACCAUAGUCACUCAUUAAGAGACCAUCCAUUAUACAACUCAGAAUAUUAUGCUGGCAAUGAUGUUUUAUCUCCAUCUUAUAACAAUUCAGCAAAAAAGACUUUUCGACCAACUGAACCAGGAGGAAAUCAUGUCCAUACUUUCACAACAAAUCCAACAGGCUCGGGUGCAGAUUACAUGCCACCAUUUGUGACUGUAUUUGCAUGGUACCGCGUUCAAUGA